AUGCGGAAGCAGGAGGAGACGCGCCUCACUGAGCUGGAGGCCGAGAAGGUCCAAUACGCCAUCCACGAGAGGCUCAGGGACAUGGAGAGGAUGCAGAAAAAAGCUGAAGAUUACAGAAAUAGUUUGCAACAAGAAGCUCAGGCAAAAGCUCAAGCAUUACGCUAUGAGGAUGAAUUGGCUAGAAAAAGAAUGCAGACAGAGCAUGCUGCACAGAGGCGACAGGAUGCUGAACUUGUGAAGAUGCAAGAGGCAUCUGCCCUCAGGAGAGAAGAAGCUAGGCGUGCAACAGAACAGAAGAUUUUGGAAGAAAUGAUACAGACUGAGAAGGAAAAAGCUGAAAUAGAUCAAGAAAUAAACAGAGUUAAAGCUUUAGCAGAAGCACAAGCUCGCGUUCAUGAAGAGAAGCAAUCAGAAGAAGUUUUGAAAAGAAUGAUGUUGGAACGUAUGAAGGGUGAAAAGGAAAAGUGGCUCUCUGCAAUAAAUAUAACCUUUUCGCACAUUGAAGGUGGAUUCAAAGCGCUGUUAACUGAUAGGAGCAAACUAAUAAUGGGUAUUGGAGGAGUUACUGCACUGGCUGCUGGAGUUUAUACUACUAGGGAAGGUGCGAGGGUUACAUGGAGUUACAUCAAUAGAAUCUUGGGCCAGCCUUCGCUGAUCCGUGAAUCAUCAAUGCCAAAGUUCCCACUACCAAUGUCUAGGUUACUCAAACCUAGCUCAGCAUCUUUGUCGGGGGGAGCAGGCUUUGAGAAUGUUAUUCUGCACCCUUCACUCAAGCGGAGGAUUGAACAUCUUGCACGAGCAACUGCAAAUACAAAGUCUCACGGUGCACCAUUCCGCAACAUGCUGUUCUAUGGACCUCCUGGAACUGGCAAAACUUUAGUAGCCAGAGAGAUGGCUCGCAAAUCUGGCCUGGAUUAUGCCAUGAUGACAGGAGGAGAUGUUGCACCCUUAGGAUCAGAGGCUGUUACCAAGAUCCAUCAAAUAUUUGACUGGGCUAAGAAGUCCAAGAAAGGCAUGCUGGUUUUCAUUGAUGAAGCUGAUGCAUUCUUGUGCGAGCGUAACAGUACCCAUAUGAGCGAAGCUCAGCGGAGCGCUCUCAAUGCAUUAUUGUUUCGAACUGGUGACCAGUCCAGGGAUAUUGUCCUUGUCCUGGCAACAAACAGACCGGGUGACCUUGAUGCUGCUAUCACUGACCGCAUUGAUGAAGUCAUAGAGUUCCCCCUGCCUGGGGAGGAGGAGAGGUUUCAACUGCUCAAGCUAUACUUGGACCAAUAUAUACUCAAGGAAGAGGGCAAAGGAUCUUCUUGGGGUGCAUUAUUCAAGAAGCAGCAGCGGAAGAUUCAGGUGAAUGGCAUAAGCGACGAUUUGCUCAGGGAAGCUGCAAGGAAGAUUGAUGGCUUUUCUGGCAGGGAGAUUGCGAAGCUGGUGGCUAGUGUGCAAGCUGCUGUUUAUGGCCGGCCUGACUGUAUAUUGGAUCCCCAGUUGUUUUCGGAGGUAGUUGACUACAAAGUGACUGAGCAUCACCAACGCAUCAAGCUUGCUUCUGAGGGUAUGGUUUGA